GAGUCGAGACUCGAGACCAGUAUUUUUCUGUGAGCAUAUUCGUUGUAAACCCUAGAAAUCUGAAUUAGGUCAAAUUUCAUCCCCUCCACUUUGUGAAACGGGGUGAAAUACUUAGCUUUCAGGAGCAGCUGCCGGAACUCUCAAUCUAAGAUGGAACAUUCCCAAGAAGAAGAAGUGGAGAAGAAUCCAGAAAAAGCACCUGCCUUGAAACUAGAAAAUCGUGAGGACAUGCUUUCCAGGCACAGGAAAGAGAUUACUGAACUUCAGCACAAAGAAGUGGGUAUGAAAAAAGCAGCUGCAAAAGGUAGCAAAGCUGAACAGAAGGCGAAAAAGAAGCAGGUGGAGGAUGAAAUCUCUAGACUGUCUACCAAACUCAAAGAAAAACAUGCAGAAGAACUUGCCUCAUUAGGGUACAGCAAUAGUGAUGGCAAGGAAAAGACAAAUCUUGAUACUUUAGUGAAGGCCAUAGCUGGUGUUUCUGUGAACAAUCAAGCCGACUCCUCAAAACCCAGCAAAAGCGUAAAAAGGCGUGAAAAACGAGCUCAGCAAGAAGCAGAUAGAGAGCAAAGAAUACAAGAAGAGCAAAGCAAUAUUGUCAGCAACCGGAUGGUAGAAGAUGAAAAGUUGGAUAAAAAGCUUGAGCCAUUAGGAUUGGUGGUUAACGAAAUCAAACCUGAUGGCCACUGCCUUUAUAGAUCUGUUGAGGAUCAAUUGGCAAACUUUGCUGGAGGUUCUUCACCCUAUAGCUACCAAAAGCUUCGUGAAAUGGCUGCUUCUUAUAUGAGACAACAUGAAUCAGAUUUCCUUCCGUUCUUCUUAUCAGACAACAACAUUGAAAUGGAUUCUGAUGAUUCGCCUUCGGAGAUAUUUGAGAAUUACUGUAAAGAAGUUGAGUCUACUGCAGCAUGGGGAGGACAGCUAGAACUUGGGGCUUUAACUCAUUGUCUUAGGAAACAUAUUGUGAUAUAUUCAGGAUCCUUCCCCGAUGUGGAGAUGGGUAAAGAGUAUAAAUCCGGCAGUGGAACUAGCUCCUCUAAUCCAAGUAUCAAGUUGUCAUACCACAAACAUGCAUUUGGGCUUGGUGAACACUACAACUCUAUCAUCUCCAAGGAGACAUCAUGAUAAGUAAGUAGGUCUGAAGAAGGUCUUGCAGAAGAAGGCAUUUAUUUAUUUCUGUGCUAAAAUCAAUCCUGGUUUGUAUUUUGGUUACAUACCCAUAUUUUGGGAUCUAAGUUGAACACACCAGAGGUUGUAUUAGUUUUUCUUGCUUUUGGGUUGUGUGAUAUUUUGCUCUAAGAAAUAGAGAACUCUCUAGGAUACUGAGUUGAAAUUUGAGAAGUAAUUAUGGCCAGAAAUUUUCCAAUGUUUCUGCAUUAUUGUAAUAGUUUUACAGUCCCAAGCAGUCCACUGUAAUGACUUGCAAAUGUGUCUAAA